AUGUUUUCUGAGAAUAGUAAAUAUGAAAAUGGAUCAUAUUAUCUUUAUAAUGAGUAUCAAUUAAAAACAAAAACCAUCUCAUUUACUGUGCCACAAGAGUCUGCAUUAGAUUUACCAGAUGGUAAUGGACGUUUACAUCUAGUCGCAUCUGACUGGACUUUAAUUUCUAAUGUUGUACAUGCUUUUGACGCAUUUAGUCCUGUGUCUGAAGUUCGACGUGCAAUUGAGACUUUGAACGCAUCAUCAUUUAAUCAAUCACUUGAUGUAUCUCAAUCUCUGCAUUUAAUGUCAUCAUUUUAUAACUCGUUGCAAUCAUUCAUAAGUUCAAUACCUGAUUUUAAGAUACUUACACCGAGUGAACAAUGUUCAUUAUUUCAACGUAAUAUGCUUGGGCUUUUAUGUAUUGGUGGAAUGUAUUUUAUGCGUGAAUCAGGUAUAUUCGAUAAACCUGAAAGUGAAAUGUUGGUUUUACCUUUAUAUGGAACAGAAGUUAUUAAACAUGCAAAAGUAAUUUGUCAACAACUUAACUAUGAUCCAAUUGUUUUUAAGCUUAUGCUGGUUGCUCUUGCUUUCUCAUCAAAUUGUUAUAUGAUACAAAAUCCAGGAAAUACUGAUAAAGAUAGUUUAUUAUUGGGUACAUUUCGUUUAUUAGGAAGUCAAAAUGUUUAUAUUGAACUUAUGUGGAAAUAUUUAAUGUAUAGAUAUGAUUAUCAGUACUCAGUAAAUAGAUUUUCUAAUCUUAUCGGACAAGUUCUCGGUGCACUUAAACUUUCAUUUAAUAUGUAUGAAAAUAAUAGAACUCUUCAAAAUUUUAUUAAUGAUAUUAUGGAACAAAUUCAAACAUCUUUCAGUUCUUCUGAUGAAGCCAUUACACCAUUAUGGGGAAAAAAAUAA